UUAUACGAAAUUACUUGCUGAGUUGAAUAUAUAGAAGUCUGGGUUCAUGCCGGAUUUCGAGCACUUCAGAUUUUCCUAUUCGAGCAUGAAUCCGGUCCUGGGGGAGAGUGGCUUCCUGGCUCCGCAGCAGCAUCAGCACCAGAUGACGGGCCAGACCGACUCCGCCAUCCCGGAGCCAGGCUACUUCCUGGGGGACCACGGCGGGUUCGGGCCUGAUGGGUUGUCUGGGCUGGACCUGGGAGCCCUGCCGCCGUCGGGCCUUGCUUACCUGCACCUAAGCACCCCCUUGCACCGCGUGCCCCCGGCGGCCACAGCGCUGCGCAACGACUUGGGAUCCAACAUCAGCGUCCUGAAGACUCUGAACCUGCGCUUCCGCUGCUUUUUAGCCAAAGUGCACGAGCUGGAGCGCAGGAACAAGGUGCUGGAGAAGCAGCUGCAGCAGGCUCUUGAAGGUAACUGCGGAGAGGAUGGACACCCGAAGCCGCAGACCAAAGACAUGGGGGUCCAGACCGGAUUUAUUGGACCCAUUCCAGCCAGACCGAACCUCAUCCCGCUCCACAACGCCAACAACUCGGCCUACCUCCCCGGCGGCCUCCUCUCUCCCACCCUGAACCCCCCUCCUCUUUUUGACAACAAAUACCUGCUGGGGAAUAACCUCAACCCGAGCCAAGUCUCCACGGAUUCAAACUCCAACCUCACCACCUCUGGUUUCUCCAUCAGCCCGGCGCUGAGUCCCAUCGACCCGUCCAAAACCAUCAACAACAUCAACGAGAAAUACGCUUCUAACACCGGGACGAACACCGACAACAUCCCCCCUCCUCCUCCGCGCUUCCUCCCCGGGACGAUCUGGUCCUUCAACCACACCCGCCGGUUCGGGACCGGGAGGGAGUCAUGCGUCACGGGCCCCGGGGUCUCCUGGACGCACCCGGACGGUGUCGGAGUCCAGAUCGACACCAUCACACCUGAGAUCAGGGCUCUGUACAACGUGCUGGCCAAGGUGAAGAGAGAAAGAGACGAGUACAAGAGAAGAUGGGAGGAAGAGUACACAGCCAGAAUGGACCUGCAGGAGAAGGUGGCUGAACUCGAGGAGGACCUGCAGGAGAGCGAGGUGUGUCAGGACGAGCUGGCUCUGAGAGUGAAGCAGCUGAAGGCCGAACUCGUCCUCUUUAAAGGACUCGUUAGCAAUAACCUGUCAGAUCUGGACAGUAAAAUCCAGGAGAAGGCAAUGAAGGUUGACAUGGACAUCUGCCGCCGCAUCGACAUCACCGCCCGCCUCUGCGACGUCGCCCAGCAGAGGAACUGCGAGGACAUGAUCAACAUGUUUCAGCAGGUGGCCACACCCCCCUCCACUAUGAGUGGCCGGGCCAGGAAACAGAGUGGGCAGUCAGCAAAGGGUGCGGAUGGAGACGAACUGAGCAUGUCGGAAAGCGAGGGAGGCGGGGCUAAAGAUGAGGAGUCCUGCAGCACGUCGGCCAAUCAGAUCAACGAGCAGAUGCAGAGGAUGCUGAAUCAGCUGAGGGAGUGUGAGUUUGAGGAUGACUGCGACAGUCUGGCCUGGGAGGAAACAGAGGAAACUCUUCUGCUGUGGGAAGAUUUUCCUGGAUACCCACUGGGAGUGGAAACACAGGGAGAGCUGCAGCAGCAGGAGGAGUCCAUUGAGGAUGUGAUAAAAGACACAGAGACUCUGUUCAAAUCCAGAGAGAAGGAAUACCAGGAGACCAUCGACCAGAUUGAGCUGGAACUGGCUACAGCCAAGAAGGACAUGAACCGUCACCUGCACGAGUACAUGGAGAUGUGUUCAAUGAAAAGAGGGCUGGACGUUCAGAUGGAGACUUGCAGGAGACUCAUCACACAGAGUGGAGACAGGAAGUCACCCUCGCUCAUCACGCUGACAGUGGACGACUCGGACGGUGAGGAGAAGAAGAAGCCAGCUCUCCCUGCCGACUCUCAGACCAGCGACUCUCACUGCGACGCCAACGCCGCCAUCCCUCCUCUGACCUGGAGGAAACCCUAA